AUGGAGUCCUGGAUCUCUUUGGCCUACAGGAAGUUUUCCUCAAUCCUAGGUGCCGUCUCCCGCCGUGCCAACGGGAGUUCUCCAGACCUGAGGAACGGGAACGCCGACUGGAUCCCCCCAGGCGCAAACUUCACCUUCUCUUACUACCAGCACUCCCCGCCCGUGGCCGCCGUGUUCAUCUUGGCCUACGUCCUCAUCUUCCUCAUGUGCAUGGUGGGCAACACGCUCGUGUGCUUCGUCGUGCUGAAGAACCGUCAGAUGCGGACGGUCACCAACGUGUUCAUACUCAACCUGGCGGUCAGCGAUCUCUUGGUGGGCAUCUUCUGCAUGCCCACCACCCUGGUGGAUAACCUGAUCACGGGGUGGCCCUUCGACAACGUCACGUGCAAGUUGAGUGGCUUGGUGCAGGGCAUGUCCGUAUCGGCGUCAGUCUUCACCCUCGUGGCUAUUGCAGUGGAAAGGUUCCGCUGUAUCGUGCAUCCCUUCCGGCAGAAACUGACCCCGAGGAAGGCCCUGGUGACCAUCGCGGUCAUCUGGGCCCUGGCCCUGGUCAUCAUGUGCCCUUCGGCCGUCACGCUGACCGUCACUUGGGACGAGCACCACUUCAUGGUGGACGGCCAGAACCGCUCCUACCCGCUCUACUCCUGCUGGGAGGCCUGGCCCAGCAAGGGCAUGCGCAAGAUCUACACCACGGUGCUCUUCUCCCACAUCUACUUGGCCCCGCUCGCGCUCAUCGUCAUCAUGUACGCCCGCGUGGCCCUCAAGCUCUUCAAGUCCUCCGCGCCGGCCCGGGGUCCCCAGCCGGACGCGGCGGCCGCGGAGCGGAGCCGGGUGUCCAGGCGCAAGGCCAAAGUGGUGAACAUGCUGAUCAUCGUGGCCCUGUUCUUCACCCUCUCCUGGCUGCCCCUGUGGUCCCUCUUGCUCCUGACGGACUACGGCCACCUGAGCGAGCGGCAGAUCCACGUGGUCGCGGUCUACAUCUUCCCCUUCGCCCACUGGCUGGCCUUCUUCAACAGCAGCGCCAACCCCGUCAUCUACGGCUACUUCAACGAGAACUUCCGCCGAGGCUUCCAGGAGGCUUUCCGGACCCGGUUCUGCUCUCUGGAGUUGGGGGAGCACAAAAAGACCUAUUCCGAGCGACCCGGGGGACUCCUGCGGGGAGGUGCUCGGAACCGGAUCUUUGUGGAGGUGCGGGCCAGCGACUCCACCCAGCCCACUGAGGCUGGGCCGAGCAGCAAUCCGUCCAAGACAGGGCGGUUCUCCCUGCACAAUGGGCGGGUGGGUCAUCUCAGGCUGGCCCGAGAGGACUUGGAUGGCGAGAGUUGCUCCCACGUGCCCCUGGGCAUUCCAGCUUGGGAUAUCUGA